CACACUUUGUUUUCUCCGUCUCUCUUGGAGUCUUUUUCUUGAUCCAACACAACAACACCACAUACCCUUCUCUCUCUCUCUCCUCUUACCCCUUUUAAAAUAAAAAGCUAAAGACUUUACAAAUGGCUGUCUCCAUUUCACUUCCUUAUUUCUCUCCACAUCUUAUUACACACAGAAGGCACCGUUUUUUAUAUUCCAAACCUCUCUGAUGGCUGCUCUUUCACCUUCUUCCUCUGUUUCAAAGGAACCCUUUUCUUGCACAUCCCUCGUUAAGCCCACAGACUCUAAAUCUUUAUCAUUAAGAACCCAGAAAAUCCUUGAUCCUAAAGAGAAAUUAGGUGUAACUGAGCAUGCCCGUUUGAGAUUAUGUGCUGUUUCAAACAAAUCGGGCUUGAAAUUGAAGGCCUCAAAGGAGCCUCCAGCACUGACCAAGGAACUUAAAACUGAUAGAAUUGAGAGCCCUCCAGUGACCAAAGAUGAUCGUGCUUUAUUUGACAAGAUGAAGCAAAGGUUUAUGAGUUUCAAACAGAAUACAUACAUGAAAAAUUUGGAACACUUUGAAAAUCUUUCAAAGGGUCAAGCGCCAAAGUUUAUGGUGAUUGCUUGUGCAGACUCCAGGGUUUGCCCCUCUAACAUUCUGGGAUUCCAACCAGGAGAAGCAUUUGUGGUGCGCAAUGUUGCAAACAUGGUGCCCUCAUACGAGAGUGGACCAUCAGAAACAAAUGCUGCAUUAGAAUUUGCUGUAAAUUCCUUGAAAGUUGAAAAUAUUUUAGUCAUUGGCCACAGUUGCUGUGGAGGCAUUCGUGCUCUAAUGAGUAUGCAUGAUGAUGUGGAAACAAGUAGUUUCAUUGGAAGUUGGGUGGCUGUUGGGAUGAAUGCAAGGGUAAGAACAAAGGGUGCUGCUUCUAAUCUCAGCUUUGACAGGCAGUGCAGACACUGUGAGAAGGAAUCAGUUAAUUGUUCAUUAGCAAACCUCCUAACUUACCCAUGGAUAGAAGAAAAAGUGAGGAACGGCGAACUCUCUAUUCAUGGUGGCUACUAUGACUUUGUUGACUGUGCAUUUGAGAAAUGGACGCUGGAUUACAAGGCAAGCAAUUUGAAGGGAGAAAGUGGCAAAAUUGCAGUAAAAAAUCGAGCAUUUUGGUGCUAAAUCUUGCAUUUGCUUCCUCUGUUGUAUCACCACGUGUGUUUAGUUCUUCUAUUUUGUGUUUUUUUACUUAUAAAUAUCAAAACAGUUGAAAAAUAAUGUUUAUUCCCUUGAAUCCAGGGAAAAGCUACCCUGUUGUAUGUGUGUUGUAAUUAAUGUUUCUUUCUUUUCCAUUAUAGUACAAGCUAUUGUAAAAUUGUACCUUCGGAAUACAUCUAUUUUGCAGAAAUAUUCAUAGUGCAGAUUUCUGCA